UGUCCCCCCGUGUGUGACGCCGCUGUCCCCGCGGUGCCCAGGGACGGGCGGCCCUCGGCGCGCAUGGUGCUGCUCAAGGGGCUGGGGCCGGACGGGCUGCGCUUCUUCAGCAACUACGAGAGCAGGAAGGGCCGCGAGCUGGACUCCAACCCCUUCGCCUCCCUCGUCUUCUACUGGGAGCCGCUCUGCCGGCAGGUGCGGAUCGAGGGCUCCGUGCGCCGCCUGCCCGCCGAGGAAUCCGAGCGCUACUUCCAGUCGCGGCCCAGGAGCAGCCAGAUCGGGGCCCUGGUGAGCAGGCAGAGCUCCGUCAUCCCCGACCGCGAGUUCCUGCGCAGGAAGAACGCGGAGCUGGAGGAGCUGUACCGGGACAGGGCCGUGCCCAGGCCGGACUACUGGGGCGCGUACCUGCUGGAGCCGGAGGUGGUGGAGUUCUGGCAGGGCCAAUCGAACCGGCUGCACGACCGGAUCGUGUUCCGCCGGCUGCGGGACCGCGCGGCGCCGCUCGGGGCCAUGACCCACCGCGGCCACGGCGACUGGGUCUACGAGCGCCUGUCGCCCUGAGCCCGCCCGCGAUGUCCCCGGGGAUUGUCCCCAAGGAUUGUCCCCAAGUGUCGCAGCCGCCCCGCGCUGUCCCUCGCUGUGCGCUGGGGAGCGGCUCCCGAGCUGCCCUCGCCCCCUGCGUCCCCAAAUCCUUCUCCAGCUGCACCCGGUGGUUAAUUAAUUAUGUUAAUGAUCGUGCAGGGUCCGGUGUGACCCCGGUGACCCCCCUGUCGCUGUCGCUGUCGCUGUCGCUGUCCCUCGCUGUGAGCUGGGGAGCGGCUCCCGAGCUGCCCUCGCCCCCUGCGUCCCCAAAUCCGCCUGCAGCCGCUCCCGCUGGUUAAUUAAUUAUGUUAAUGAUCGUGCAGGGUCCGGUGUGACCCCGGUGACCCCCCUGUCGCUGUCGCUGUCCCUGUCCCGCCACUGCCAGCUCUCUCUCCGUGCUUUAGCUGGGAUCGUGGAAUGUGCUCAAUUCCCUGCUCAUUACUGCUGGUGUUUAAUUAAUUUAAAUCGUGCCGUGAGACCCCAACCCUCAGC